AUGCGCAUCAGUAACCCUAUUCUUAUGCACAGUGAGGUGUGCACCCCUAAGGCACUGAAUCCUAAUUUCUGCACAGGAUCAGGCUCCAUUCCCUUUGCACAUUUAUAGACUAUUCAUGUGGUGCUUGGCAGGAACAAAUAAAUAAAUAAAUACUUCCUGCAUUAGCUGAUUACAUUUCUCAUAAGCUUAUCUUGCUAAAAGCAUUUUUUGUGCAACAGAGUAGCUGUUACUUGCUGAGCAGAUAUCACAGGACGAGCAAAGAAGCUUUUUAAUACACAGCCGGCAGCUGAGGCCAUCUUGGCUUACUCAUUUUACUGUUUAACCUAAAUUACAGACCGUUCCAGAACACUGUUACAACACAAGAAAAAGCACCAUUAAUGAUGCCACUUACUGAGGUCUUCAUCAAAUAUUACUGGCAAUGAAAUUCAGAGUUCUGUAUUAAAUUGCCAUACGAUUAGUGUCAUGGACUGGCUGGACACAGAGGAAUCGUGAGAAGCACCAGUUGAAGAAGCCCCAAGGGAAGAAGGAUCAAAACCCGGGGAGCGGUGGUGGUGGGACAACAGUGAGUGGUCAGAGGAAAAAGAGAGAACAGAUGGGGAGGAGGUGGUAUUGGAAGCUGAAGAGGUAACAGGAUUUAGUGAGCAGGGAGAGUCUGUGGCAGAGAGAAGUCUGGAAGCAGAAGCUGAAGCAGGAAAGUAGGAGGACGGAGGCCAAGAGGCAGAGAUGACUCAGGCUGGUGAAGAAGCCAGGGUGUCUUCCCCUCCUGCUGUGACAGCCUCCUCUCCCCCAGGACCUGGAGAGGCAUGAAGUGAGAGGAGCAAAGGCGGGCAUAGCAGUGCAGUCUCCAAUUGGUUGGGAAGGACCCUGGGGAGCAGGAGUCAGGAGCAGGUCAGCAAUAAAAACACCAGUGUCAGUGAUGUUAAUUCUUUGUUCAAAGAAACCAAAACAACUUAGGCCUAAUGCUCUCAACAACUCUUCCCAGUAGGUUGCAAGGACUGAAGGUCCCCAUCUUCCCAAAGCUGUCUAGGUUCCUUCUUCUCCAGAGUAUUUCCAAGCAACCAAAAAAUAAAAGCUAGAAGACAAUUUUCUACCUGCAGUCCCUUAGGAGAUGUUUGCUCAUGCUGCCACUUUCAAUUACAACCGGGUAGAAAUGAUGGGAGGAACAAGAACAUCUUGUUAUAGGGAAAGGGAAGAGUACAGACACCCACACACCCCUCCCCAAAAGCUGGCUAUGGAAGGGUCAGGAGAAACUCCAGAAAAGCAUGCUGCGGAGGAGAAUUUCCUGUCUCCCACUCAAUGAAGAAUUCGAACUCAGGUUGCAGCAUCUACCAAAAUCUUUAAUGCUCAGAUCAGUGUGCUACAUGGGCAAAAUGCCGUUCAAAGGCACAGCAGGUGCUACACAUAGCCAAGUAACCAAAGACAUUGAUCCAGGAAUGACACAUACCCCAACUUAGGAGCUAACCCCUCUUAAGCCCCCUCCCCAAUAAAAUAUUUGAAGGGACUAGCACUGGCGGAAGAACAGGGGUGAAGGGGGGAGCGCACCGCCCCCAGUGGCAUGAUCCCGGUGGGGUGCCAUAGUGGCUGGUCCCCCCUGCGCUGGAUGCCACGCCCCCGCAUGCGGCGCACCAUGCCCCCGGGACGCAUGCCACGCCCCCGAGAUGUGCCAGUCACACCCCCGCCUGCUCUCCACACCCCCCCCCCCAGAUCUUGAAGCUCUGCCACUGGAGACUGCCCCCCCCAAAAGAAGUUGAUAGGUAUUGCCAUUCAAAUGGUGUGUGUGUGCCAGGUCAUGUGAUUGAUUUAUGUAGGGAGUAGCUUCCCCCCCCCCAAUAUUUUAUUCAAGUUGGCACCACAGCAACCUUGUUAUUAGGGAGUGGGGUGGGCACUAAUUCCUUACCCAUGCGCAAUGAUGCCAUGUUGAAAACAAACACAUUUGUAUCCACUGUAUUAAUGGGCUAAGGGACUUUUUUAUGUGUCUUUAUGACCAACAGGUGGUGGAAGGAGCGAGCCAGAUUCUAGUGAGUGAGACUGUCCCUGGCUAUAGUACUGGUUUUAGCCCUCUCACUGGUCAGAACUGAAGGAGCUAAUGGGCCGAAGGAUUAGGACAGGGAGGCUGGGGGAAUAGGUUUAAAAUGGAAACUAAAACCAGCUUAGGUUAUAUUUCUUUUUAAAACUAUAGUUAAUAUUUAUUUUUUAAGUAAACAAAGGAAUCGUACGGCACGGAAGAAUUAUUAUUUACAACUUUAAAAAGAGGUACAACAAAUCUUAAUUUAGUGGCUCCCUAAAAAGUGUUAGGAGAGGCAAUAAAUUUUAAGUUAAAGGAAGCUGAAAGAAAAUAGAAGGCCAUCAAAGAAUUAAUCCUAAUAAAACAGGGAGAGUAAAUUGUGGAGAGAUGAUGGAGUUUGAGAAAGCCCCCAAAAGAAAGCUUAGCCAAGCAAAAUUUAAACUGAAAACUCAUAAAAAUACCAAGAUGAAGAUUUUAAAGAGAAUCAAGAAAAACGAAAACACCUGAUGACUAGAAAGGCCAAGGGAAAACUAAGACGAAGGAAUGUGAGGGGUGAAAUCAAGUUUAUAUAUCUUUCGACCAACAAAUCUUUGGAUGUGAAAAGGAGCACAGGAAAGGACAAGUAGGUGGAUAUGAAGUCUGCUUCAAGCAGAGUGAAGAAUAAAUACAGAAAAUAGAAGGCUUUUCGUUUAAAAGGCAACUGGAAAAGCCAUUUAAUAAAAAGAACAGGCUGGGGUUUCUGUUGCCAAAGUUGUUAGCAUCAUCAUCAUCAUUAAUUUAAUUUCUAUACCGCCCUAUACAUGAAGGUCUAAGGGCGGUUCACAUAAAAUAUCAAAUACACAAAAUCAAAACAAAAAUAACCCAAUAAAGGGUCACCAGAGCAUUUACAACCGUGGUUAGGCUAUCCCUGUCCAGAUAGGGGAGUAGAUGGGCCACCAGCCGAAGCUGAUGGAAGGUAUUCCAGGCCACUUGUCUCUCUCUCGACAGAGGUCAUCGUACAGGGCGACCAAGGCAGUUUCUGUGCCAAAACCAGGCCUAAACCCUGAUUGAAAUGGAUCCAGAAAACCAGCUUCUUCCAAGAGCACCUGGAUCUAGUCUGUGACCACUCGCUCCACAAGUUAGAAAAACCAAGAUUGGGAAGAUUUUAACACAGGUGAGCCUUAGAAGUGAGAAGGGGAGGGGGAUCCAGGGGGAAAGAAGGCUGUGCAUGUGAUAAAGAGCAAAGCAGAGGGGGAGAAGGCAACAUAGUUCCUUCUAAUUUCAUGUUAGCUUGUUGACAAAAAUACUUUGCAGCCAUUUUGUGAUAGCGUCUUGGGGACUAUAGAGAACCUCCUUCACUAAUGGGCAGAACUUCAUUUUAUUUAUAAUGUGGCUUCCAAGGAGUAGAAUAACACACCCUCUUGAGCAGCUGGCUAAAAAGUGGUGGAAUUUGGCAUAGGAAGCUAGGAAGAGGCAUCAUCAUCAUCAUCAUCAUCAUCAUCAUCAUCAUUAUUUGUCAGGGAACUGCCAUCGGAAGGAAGGGAGGUGAAAGGACUCAGACAGGUUGGAAGAGAUUCAGCAGCUGAAGAGGGAACCAGCAAGGGGAGAGAAGCUGAACUGAGGGAGGUGAAAGGGCUCAGACAGGUUGGAAGAGACUCAGCAGCGGAACAGGAAACCAGUAGGGGAGAGAAGCUGAACUGAGGGAAAGGGAGCUGGGGGGAUGGCUCAGAGAUACUUCCAGCGAAAACAGUGGUGAGGUUUCCGGACCUCCUGUAGCGACACCCACUCCUCGCCGGAAACUGUCACGCAGAGAGUCCAGAAGACGUGUUUCCGUUAAGGAGCUUUUAUGUUGGAAGCGAUUACGAAAGCAACCACUGUCGGAAUCUUCUAGUGACUAGAGGAGCCAUGUCAGAGGGGCUCAGUCACAGACAGAGGUUUGUGGACUUGAACAAACUCUGAGGGAAUACGAUUUUACGCACAAGCAGCUCAUAAUCCCAUCACAGCAUUCCGACAGUCUUUGAACGCAGCUUGUGCAGGAGAAGGCAUAAUGAGCAACCCAGCAGGAACCGGAGAAGCAGGGGCUGGAGCGGGUCCAAGCCUGGAAGAAAGGUACCGGGUGUUGGAGGUCCAGCUGGCGCUGCAGACGGCGAGGCUGGAGGAGAGGAGGGCGCAAGAUGCAGACCAAAGGGAGAAAGCCACCCAGCUCGCCAGAAAGGUACCAGGAUUGGUGCAGAAAUUUGGGGGGGAGCCCAAAGACUAUCAUAGCUUUCGGACAGAAAUGCAAUAUGCCCUCAAUCUGCAGUUUGAUGAUUUCCCUGAUGAGGAAUCACGAGUGGCUUUUGUGAUUGGGCAUCUUGAAAAGGGGGCGAGAGACUGGGUGAGACCCCUGAUGGCAGCGCAUAGUGACGUCCUAAAGGACACAAUGAAGUUCUUUCGCGCCAUGGAUUUGAUGUUUUCCAGCGAUAUUGAAAAGGGAGUGGUGCGCAGACAGUUAAUGGCUUGCAAACAGGGGAGCCGAUCUGUACGUGAGUACUGGACUGAGUUCACCAUGCUGAUACACAGAUUGGGGUGGGACUUAUCGGCGGAACCCAUUCAAAUGCUCUUUGAAGAAGGGCUUUCUUCGGCUGUGAAAGAUGAACUUUCCCGGGCGCCCAGGGCGGAGUCUAUGGACCAGCUGACCAAAUCAGCGCUGGCCAUAGGAGCGCGCCAGGAGGCGAGAGCAUUGGAGAGGCGGGAAGGGAAGGGGAACGUUGGAAGGAGUUCCGCAUUCCAGACAUUCCAGAGCCAACUGUCCCGCCGGCAGAGCCGAUGGAAAUCGGAACAGCGCGCGCGCGCAGUUUCAAAGCCCAGUGAGGGGGAAAGAAGGAUGGAAAAGGCGCCCGGAAAUGCUAUCUCUGCCAACAGCCAGGGCACUUUGCCAGAGUCUGCCCCCAGAGGAAGGAAUGGCAAGGGAUGGUGGGAGCUGUGGAGGGAAGAGAGGAAAAAUACCGGAGCAACUAAAAGCCAACGCCUGGCUGCCAUUGUCGGGGCACAGCAGCCAGGCCAAAGAGCAGUGAAAGUGCCCACUCCAGAACCUCCUAAACCCGCCCUAGUGAUAGAAGUGACACUAGAGCUGCCAAACGGACACCCUCUAAAGAUAAAGGCGCUGUUGGACUCAGGCAGCUCCUGCAAUUUCAUGAGCAAAGAGUUUGCAGCUGAACACCAGAUACAGACGCUCCCUUUAAGCAACCCCUGCAGGUAACCACGAUCGAUGGCAGGGAGCUGUUGGGAGGAGAAGUCAGCUUGCAGACCGUCCCAAUGAUAAUGAAGGUGGCAAGGCACACCGAACUAAUAGCAUUUAAUGUGGCCACCUUGGGAGGAGCUCCCAUUAUAUUGGGAAUGAGCUGGCUAGCGUUACAUGAUCCGCUGGUGGGCUGGCAUCAAAGAGUGGUUUCUUUUGGGUCAGCACAUUGCUUAGAACAUUGCAAAGAGGGAAGGGUUUUGGCAGGGGCCCAAGCCACUCUAGCAGGGACUGAAGUGACGGAGAACGUGAAGGUACCACGACAAUACGCAGAUCUCCGCGACGUUUUCAGCGAAAAGGAAGCUGACCAACUACCACCGCAUAGAGCCUUUGACUGUCAAAUCAAUUUGCUCCCUGGGGCACAGCUCCCUGUAGGCAAGCUGUACGCCAUGUCAGACAGAGAGAUGCAGGAGCUAAGAGAGUUCAUUGACAAGAACCUGAAGAGAGGGUUCAUCAGAGAGUCCAGGGCGGUGGGGGGCAGCCCAGUGUUUUUGUGGACAAAAAAACACGAACAAGCCGAGACUGGUGUGUGACUUCAGGGCCUUAAAUGCAGUGUCAGAACCAGUGGCCUUCCCGAUGCCCAGGAUUGACGACAUUUUGACAAGGGUGCGGAAGGGAAAGAUUUUUACCAAGCUGGAUCUAAGGGGGGCGUACAACCUGAUACGAAUAAGGAAGGGGGAUGAAUGGAAAACCACCAUGUUCACCCCUUUAGGGGCAUUUGAAUACUUAGUUAUGCCCUUCGGUCUACAAGCAGGCUCCGCAACAUUUCAAUCGUUUAUGAACCACGUCCUGGGGCCGUUGCUUUACAAGAAUUGUGUGGCCUUCUUAGACGACGUGUUGGUGUAUUCUGAGAAUGAGGAGCAGCAUGUGAGAGACGUCAGAGAAGUGUUGAGCAGGCUGCAAGCCAACCAGCUGUGGGUGAAACUGGAGAAGUGUCAGUUUCAUACCAAGGAGGUGGAAUUCCUGGGGUAUCGCCUGUCUGACAAGGGGUUGGCCAUGGAUCCCGACAAGGUCCAGGCGGUACUGGAAUGGAAAACACCCAAAACAAGGAAGGAUGUGCAGAGGUUUUUAGGGUUUGGGAACUUCUAUCGUAAGUUCAUCCCAAACUUUGCCCACCUGACGGCGCCCAUUACGGACUGUCUCAGCAGUAAGAAGAAGUUCGUUUGGACGGAGGAGGCGGAGCAAGCAUUUGAGGAACUAAAAGGGCCUUCGCCUCGGAACAACAGCUCCUGCAUGUGGAUUUACAAAAACCGAUGAGAGUGGAAACUGACGCAUCAGACAGAGCGGUUGGGGCGGUGCUUCUCCAGCCAGGGAAGGAGGAGUCAGAGUGGAGACCGUGUGCUUUUUUCGCGAAAGCUGAACAAAUCCGAGAGGAACUACACGGUGUAUGACCGAGAACUACUAGCCAUUCAUGAGGCGUUCCGGAGAUGGAGGCACCUGCUAAUUGGCGCACAACAUAAGGUGCAAGUGUGCACUGACCACAAGAACCUAGAGUAUUGGAGGACGGCACGAGUGCUCAACCAACGGCAAGUGAGAUGGGCCCAGGAAUUCUCCAAAUUUAACUUUGAGAUUUGUUACGUGCCAGGCCCAGAGAACAUUAGGGCGGACGCUCUCUCACGCAAACCUGAAUAUUGGGAGGGGAGGAGCACCCGAAGAGAGACAUGUCAUUCCAGAGGACCGCUGGGUGUGUGGGGCGGCAUUGGUGGGACAAAGAGAACUGGUAGAAGAAACAGAGAAUGAUGAAUACGCCCAGAAUAAGCUCAGAGGUCUUAGGGAUGAGGGAGAGGAAUCAAGGGGUUUCGAGGAAAGAAAUGGAGCUUUGUAUUACAAAGGGGCACUGUAUAUCCCUGAAGGAGACUUAAGGGGAGGGUACUCAAGCAGUUGCAUGACAGCCCCACGGCGGGCAUUUUGGGCAACACAAAACCAUGUGGUUGGUCACCAGGGAAUUUUGGUGGCCUAAGGUGAGGGAGGAUGUACGUGAGUAUGUAAGAGGGUGCGAGCAGUGCCAGCGAGCCAAGGGGAAAGGCGGGCGCCGGCGGGGCUAUUAGAACCCUUACCAACACCAGAACGACCUUGGGAGGCAGUGUCGAUAGAUUUUAUGACUGAUCUGCCGAAGUCCAAAGGGAAAACAGCCAUCAUGGUGGUGGUAGACCUACUAACAAAGAUGUGCCACUUUGUAGCUUGCUCGCAUGCAGUCACGGCGGAAGAGACAGCGAAGUUAUUUGUAGAACACAUUUUUAGGUUGCACGGGGUGCCAUUGAGGGUGGUCUCAGACCGAGGAAAACAAUUUACUUCCAGGUUCUGGAGGAAGCUCAUGAGCUUACUGCAGGUGGAGGUCAACUUUUCGACUGCCCGGCACCCUGAAACCAACGGGCAGGCGGAAAGAGCAAACGGUGUCCUCCAGCAAUACCUGAGGUGUUAUGUCAAUGACAGAGAGAAUGACUGGGUAGAAAAGUUGGCGCUGGCGGAAUUUGCCUACAACAAUGCCGAGAAUGUGUCCACAGGGAUGAGCCCCUUCUUGGCUAAUUAUGGGUGUCAUCCCAGGGCUUUCCCAGGGGGGAAGGGGAGAGAUGGAGCGUACCGGCAGCCGAGCAUUUUGUAGAAGAAAUGGAAGCAAUCCACCGUCAGCUCCAACUCAACUUAGAAAGGGCGAAGGAAGAAUACAAGAGGCAGGCAGACAAGAACCGAAGGGAAGGUGAAACCAUAAGGGUUGGAGAUAGGGUGUGGCUGUCAACCCGAGGGUUGCCGUUCAAAGGAGGUUGUAAGAAAUUACGACCCAGGAGGUUGGGUCCCUUUGAGGUCAUUCAACAGGUCAACCCAGUGGCUUUCAGGCUCCGGUUACCCAACCACAUGAAACUGCACCCAGUAUUUCACAGGUCGUUACUGUCACCGUACGAGGGGACGAGAGGGAUGGCCACUCGGGGACCGGUCAUAGAAGAAAGAGAAUGCAGCAGUCAUGUGGCAGAAAUCCUUGAUGCCAGGUGGAAGGGGAAUCAGGUGGAGUAUUUGGUAGCGUGGGAAGGAGAACCGGAGUCAGAAAACACGUGGGUAAUGGCCAAAGAUAUCAAUGACGAGGUAUUGAUAGAAAUGUUCCAUCAAAGGUUCCCGCGGAAACCUCAGCCUGUGGAGAGGUUCCGGAGGGAAUACUUUGGGACCACUGAGGAGGAGGAGGAGUUGGAAGGAUUCCCAGAAUCGGAAGGGGAAGGGAGAUGGACUCGGAGGAGGAGGAGUGCUUCGAGACCAGGAACCGCAACAGGUGGAGAGAAGUGUUCGAGACAUCGGAAGAUGAAGGAAGUUCAUUCCGGGGUUUUGCCUCCUCACCGCCCGUAGAGGAGGGGCGAGAGGGGGUGAAGGGGGCCCUGGAGGGGAGGUGGAUGUCAGGGAACUGCCAUCGGAAGGAAGGGAGGUGAAAGGACUCAGACAGGUUGGAAGAGAUUCAGCAGCUGAAGAGGGAACCAGCAAGGGAGAGAAGCUGAACUGAGGGAGGUGAAAGGGCUCAGACAGGUUGGAAGAGACUCAGCAGCGGAACAGGAAACCAGUAGGGGAGAGAAGCUGAACUGAGGGAAAGGGAGCUGGGGGGAUGGCUCAGAGAUACUUCCAGCGAAAACAGUGGUGAGGUUUCCGGACCUCCUGUAGCGACACCCACUCCUCGCCGGAAACUGUCACGCAGAGAGUCCAGAAGACGUGUUUCCGUUAAGGAGCUUUUAUGUUGGAAGCGAUUACGAAAGCAACCACUGUCGGAAUCUUCUAGUGACUAGAGGAGCCAUGUCAGGGGGGCUCAGUCACAGACAGAGGUUUGUGGACUUGAACAAACUCUGAGGGAAUACGAUUUUACGCACAAGCAGCUCAUAAUCCCAUCACAUUAUUUCUCACCCUUUUCCCUGAUGGGAAUAAAGGCAACAGGAGCCACUUCAGAUUGGUGAAGCUAGAAAAGAAUGAAGGCACAGAAAGAGAAAUAACUAUUGAUCCAGAAAAGGUUUGGAAGCCACUAGGAUCAAGAACUGGUUCUGGGGGAAGCAUAAAAGGGGGAAAUAACUGAGAAAGCCACAAGGAGGAGCAGCAAAAAGCAACCAACCAAGGGUGAGAGUAUUAUACCUAACUGUAGUUACUGGGCAACUGCAGAAGAGGGUCACCAAACUAUUGUUGAGUUUUUGUUCCUUCAGAGGUGUAUAAAUCCAGAAGGUUCCAAACAUGCCAGCAUUUUGGAUCCUCACUAGUAAUUCUGUUCCUAAGGUAAUACAUUUAGAAUACCCAUUUUAAAACCGGAUGCAUCAAACUGCUUCCUUUGUCUGUAACAGUUGCCUUGCUAAUUUCAGUGUGAAUAAGCAAAUAAGGCAUUUUGAGGGUGGAUCCACUGUGGGCAAUGGUAGAGGUGGCAUUGGAGUGAGUAGAGGUUUUCACCAUUUUGUUGGCCAUUUUUAAGCAAAAAAAGUCCAGCAAACAUUUAAGCACAUCCAUAUUCGUAAUCAGGAAAGAUGAGCCUUGACCAUUUUUUCCUGUACAUAAAGGGCAGAAAAUUUUGUCUGCUAAUGGUAAGGCUGAAAUGACUGAGAAAAUAUUUGAAAUCUUAUGAAUCCUGACGCUCUGGCCAUUUUUACUCACACAUAAGGGGGUGGCUAAUUGUUCCACUAAUGACCAGAGAGUGGGCCCAUACAAAAUAAUAAUAGCCCACAUUUGUGAAACAUUUUGGAAUAGAGGUCUGUACCCCUAUCUUGAUCACUGCAGAUGGUGACAGCAGUCACGAAAUUAAAAGACGCCUGCUCCUUGGGAGAAAGGCGAUGGCAAACCUAGAUAGCAUCUUAAAAAGCAGAGACAUCACCUUGCCAACAAAGGUCCGUAUAGUUAAAGCCAUGGUUUUCCCAGUAGUCAUGUAUGGAAGUGAGAGCUGGACCAUAAAGAAGGCUGAUCGCUGAAGAAUGGAUGCUUUUGAAUUAUGGUGCUGGAGGAGACUCUUGAGAGUCUCAUGGGCUGCAAGAAGAUCAAACGUAUCCAUUCUUAAGGAAAUUAGCCCUGAGUGCUCACUGGAAGGACAGAUCCUGAAGCUGAGGCUCCAAUACUUUGGCCACCUCAUGAGAAGAGAAGACUCCCUGGAAAAGACCCUGAUGUUGGGAAAGAUGGAGGGCACAAGGAGAAGGGGACGACAGAGGACGAGAUGGUUGGACAGUGUUCUCGAAGCUACAAACAUGAGUCUGACCAAACUGCGGGAGGCAGUGGAAGACAGAAGUGCCUGGCGUGCUCUGGUCCAGGGGGUCACGAAGAGUCGGACACGACUAAACGACUAAACAACCCCUAUCUCCUGUAGAUAAAGGAGGCAUGUAGCUCCCAAUUUUCUUUGUCUGGGGUACAUGUAUGUCUCUUUAAUGCAGAAAACAUGAUCCAUUAAUGCUGAGACUUUAAUUAAAAAUUUAAUUUGACCAAAAUUGUAUUACUGGCUUUUUGGUGAAAACCUGCAUGAUAGGAUUGAUAGUUGCCGGGUUUCCGACAAAUACUUAAAUUUGGAUCCUCGCCAGUACUUCUGUUCCUAAAGUAAUAUAUUUAAAAACCUGGUGUAGCAAACUGCUUCCUUUGCCUGUAAUCUCUUGUUACCUUCAACUGCAAUUGUAGCUUCUAUAAGAAAACUUUUGAAUGAUCAGAGGGGCAAUAGGCACUAAUAACUAAAAAGUGAUCUCUAAAUGCUGUAUUGUAAUUAUAGCAGCAAUACAGGUGUGUGUUUUCUGGCUGAAGGUCAACUAGGUGAGUAUCUUGUGCUUGGCUGAGGAGAAAAUCUCUGUUGUGUUCUGCCUGCAACUCUUUGUAUAAAGAUUCUUUCAGGUUGCAGUGAGGGGGACCAUUCAAGCACCCUGAGCCUGUUGGAGAAAAGGCAGGCUCUAAAUGGAAUAAUACAUCCAAUAUGCAAACUAAAUAUUACAAAGAGUUUGUAUUGAGCAAUGUUGCUUAUUCAAUCACUUUUUCAGAAGAGCCGUGAACUCGAAAGCCUAAUGCGGUCGCUCUCCGUGCUUCUACCUGGAGGGACUUCUCUUGUCGGGACACCACUGCAGGGGAGGCCCUUUCCUGUGCCAUCACCACACAAUAAGGUACAUCUUUUGGUGGGACAGCCAGCCUUGUUUUGUUCCAGCUCUUUUUUUUUACAGACCUCACAGAGCUACCUGUGCCUGAAGCAGAUCUGCUCCAUUGACAAGUAAGAGGCAGUGUCAGAGCUCUUGAUACAUCAAGUGAACAUCUGCAGCGUAGCACUGAGAGACACCUGCAUCUUGAUUGCGCUGCUUUAGGUAACCUGCUGUUUUUGCUCCUGGAGGGGAGGGCUGCUGAAGACCCUAGUCUCUUCCAGGUGCAUCUCAGUGACACAAGAAAUAGAAUUUUGCAAGCCUUCAGGAACCUUAAUGGCAAGUGAACUUCACACUCCACAAUUCAGUGAUCUUUUUCAGUACAAUCCUUUUGUGAUGGCCUCUCAAUUUCCCCCCGCUUGAUCUCUUCACAGUUCUGUCCAAGAGCCCACCACACUCAGGGGAAGCCAGCUCUUCCUGCAGAAGUCAGGUUAGUGUAAGAACAGCUGUGUUCCGUUUCUCUGGAAUUGGCGGGAAUGGGCCGGGGACAGACUAAUCAGUCCAGAUUGCUUUUCACAGACCAGCAGAAGGAACUGCCAGGCCCAUGAAUUCACACUUCAGAGGGACAAAUGAAAAGGUGAGCAUAAAGGCAGAGUUUUAAGACUGGAACCAGUCUCUCUCUUCUGCCCUGCAAAUUAAUGGCAGUCAAAAUGGCACUCUGUGACUUAAACACAUCUAGGUGAAUAUCCCUUGCUCGGUUGUGUUCUCUCUGCAACUUUAUAACUCUUAAGGGUUUUCUUUUUCCUGAGAGAACAUUCUGUAUUCAGAGUGUUCUCUCAGGUUUUGCUUUUCACCUUGUUGCAUUAAAAAAAAAAAGCAAAAGGUGCUGGUGGUUGGCACUCCUGGUUUCUAGGACGGGGUUCAAGUCCCUGCGGUGUCCUUGCUUACUUCCAGUGCAACCCCUUUCUCUAUCUAUCUCUCCCCCCCCCCCCAAGAACUAAAUCAAGUAAGGUGCUCCUUUGAUGCAUCACUGGUGUGUGUCCAAGAUAAGAUGGAUUACAUGGAUGCUUCCCAUCCUAGCACUCCCAGCCAUGGGGGGGGGGGGGAUACUUAGUCUUUUUAUAUAUAAAAAAGACUGUCUCUUAAUUUUGCAUUGUUUGUUUAGGAAGUAACCUAAAUAUACAAACAAAUGGAUCCUAUUUAGAUUAUGCAGAAUGUGGAAAAAGCUAGGAUGAAAGAGAAAUGGCAUCACGUUCACUCAUUAGCAGAAGAACAACAGCAACUAUCAGACGCUCAGGUGUCCUAUUUUACAGAAGACAGUUGUCGAUUUUCAGAGCUAUCAGAGGCUUAGGAUGAGGACAGGUGGCAGUUUUCUGUAUGAAGGUGGCCUAUUUGAAUGGCCGUGCAUUCCAGGUCUGGUUGAAAGAUACAGAAGGAAGAGCAGGGGUGCUGAAGUUGCCCAUCAACAGAUAGCACCUUGGCAGCAGACUAAGCACAAACACACAGGCCACAGUCUUCCCCACUACAGUGAGAUGCAUAGUAUUCCUAUGUAGAAUUAUAGAGUGACAUAACACAUCAGUCAUACUCAAGGUAAUAUCAUAUACCCAACUAAGCUGUACUUGGAAUCACUGAAAUCAAUGGGUCUAGUGACUAUGACUUGGUAGGAUAUAACCUACUAAUAUUUUUAAAUGUGCAUCUACAUGCAGCACAUGCAAAUUGGUGUCCAUUCAUUUGACCAAGUGUCAAUGGCUACUCUAAGCAAAGACAUGUCCAAUUUCUGCAACUGGGAGUAUCUAGGGAUGCAAUACUGCAUGUUCAGUCAGGCCCUUUUGUUUCCUCCUGAUCCUGAGGAUGUUCCGUCUAACUUGGGGAUUUUACUCAAUCCCCUUGUGGGUUUUUGAGAUUUCUUACAACACCUAGCCUAUCUUCUCAGCCAUAAGGAUCUGAUGGGGGGGGGGGGCUUUCAGAUAUUCUUGGAUGGCAACUCCCUACAUGCCUGAUCAUUGGCCAUGCUGGCUGAGUUGAUGGGAGUUGUAGUCCAAAGCAGCCAGAAAAGGCACCUGUCCUUCACCAAUGAGGAAUCUGAAGCCAACUUACUUGGGAAUAAGCCCCAAUGAAUUCAAUAGGACCUACUUCUCUGGAUACAGGAUUGUGCUGCAUUUUGCUUAUUCAAAGAAGCUUUUUUAAAGAAAAAGAGGAGGAGGAAGAGGAAGCGGGAGCAGCAACAGCUGGAAUUGUCAGGCUGCACAAUACUAGAAGCCUGAAUUUGCACAGAAUAAUUAGGGGUCAAUAUAAGUCAUCAGCUGAACAGUAAAAACAAAUGUGGCUCCAUUUUACAUGGCACAAAGUGUUUUUAUGUACCAGGUCUGUGCUCUUUCCUUUAGAAGAAGCCUGUAGCAGAUCUGAUUACAGAAUAUGCAACAAGCAAAUAUGGAACUGAGCCAGGUUUAUGUUAUAAAAUACUCUGUCAUAGGUGAAAGCUCAGCUCCAGGCGCUCAAUCCAACUCUUGGUAAAUAAAUAUCACCCAGGGGCUAUCGUGCCAUCUAGUGGCAGAAGAGUAUUGCAAGACUGCCAGCUUGUUUUAAUGCAAAGGAGCGGCACAGACAUCUGUGGCCCCAGGGCUGCUUUGAGUAUUCAUUAAGAUUUCUAAACCAUUAUAUUUCUUGCCCCAGGGAGGAUGGAGAUAUAUCACAACAUCCCCAGCAUUCUUAAAAAAGGUAAAGGUACCCCUGCCCUUACGGGCCAGUCGUGUCUGACUCUAGGGUUGUGCGCCCAUCUCACUUAAGAGGCCGGGGGCCAGCGCUGUCCGGAGACACUUCCGGGUCACGUGGCCAGCGUGACGAAGCUGCUCUGGCGAGCCAGCACCAGCGCAGCGCACGGAAACGCCGUUACCUUCCCGCUAGAAAGCGGUACCUAUUUAUCUACUUGUACUUAGGGGUGCUUUCGAACUGCUAGGUGGGCAGGAGCUGGGACCGAAAGACGGGAGCUCACCCCGCCGCGGGGAUUCGAACCGCCGACCAUGCGAUCAGCAAGUCCUAGGCACUGAGGUUUUACUCACAGCGCCACCCACGUCCCAGCAUUCUUAGUUAUUCCAAUUAAAUGCUGUUAAAAAUCAAUCCCACCAGAGAGGCAGUUCCUCGUAGCUUAGCCUUCCCCUACCUGGUGCCUUGGCUGGGGCAGAUGGAGCUGUAGUUGCAGCCCAUUUUCUGUGGCAGCCCCUGGACUGCGGGACUCCCUUCGCACAGAGGUGCAUCUUGCACCUUCACCAGGAACCUUCUGCUAAAUGCUGAAGACACACCUCUUCCACCUGGCCUUUGACACCUGACAUUUGCAUUUUCAGGACUCACCCUGUUCCUGUGACUGUAAUAUGUUUUAGCAUUUUUUAAUAUUGAUUUUUAAAUUGUUGUGACCAGCCAUGGGAUCUGCUGGUGAAGGACAGGUAAAACAACAAACAAUCAUAGCAUCACUGCAAUUCGUGCUCCUCUCAUGUAGCACACAGUGAGACUGAAGCAUAGGGUUGCACUCUAGGAAACAAAACAGUUUGCUCCCAAAAUUCUCAGAGAUACAAUUUGUCUUUUUAAAGUGAGGGUGUAUUUUGGCCAAUUAUACUAUUGCUGCUCUGACAUAUUCCUUGUUUUAGUUUGAUUUAAGUUUUGAUCUCAUGUUUUUUAAAAUACUGAUUUUAUAUUUGAUCUUCGUUGUUGGUAACAUUAUGUUGAGCAUUUCAUGAAAAGGUGGUAAAUCUAUUUACUGCAAGUUAGAUUCCUUGGUAGAAGAAAAACUGGUACUUGCGUUCCCCAAGCAUGCACUUCAGCAGUUAUCAGAAUAUUCAGCUGUGUUUAAUAUUUCAGAUUCACCUACUUUUUAAAAAAUCUUAGAAUAUUCUGUGCAAUUCCAAUCUUAGAUACAGUUUAUUACUAUUAAAAUAGUGUGCAACUGCUGUAACAAGUAAAAAUAAACUUUUAAAAAUUUAAAUUCUGCUCGAAGAACACUCACAUGAUGUGUUCAAAGUAAAGUACAGAAACCAUAUAUAAGUUUGUGUGUUUAUCUGUAUACAGUUGGGCAACCUUAAUUUUCUUAUUCUGAUUCCAAAUAUUUUUUUAAAACCUGAGCAAUUGUUGGUUGGUUGGUUUCUAAAGCAAUGUGUUAGAAACAUCUGAAAUAUGGGUGGCUACAGGACAAGGCCAAUGAAUGGGUGAAUUGCGACCAUGCCUUCUUCCCUCCCUACCCAGAAUUGUAUUCCUGACAUGGCUUGCCUGUGGCCUUCAGAUCUUGCUGGGCUCUCAACUCCCACCAGCUCCGGCCAGCAACACCCAAAGGGCCAUGUUCCCCAUUCCUGUCAAGGGGGCUGGAGAUUUAGGGACUCUCAGGAAACAGUCAGUUAUUCUGCAUGAAACUGAGCUCAUAUAGAACUGUAAAGAUGAUUCAGUCUGGAUAAGCUGCAAUUUGAUACAAUAGCGAUUUUUGGGAGAGUAUUCCCAGAAUCACAGCACAUACUUUGAUUGAUUAUUUCAGCUGCCAUGGCUCCUUACAAAUGAUCCUGAGGAACUCUUUGCUACAGAUAUGCAGCCUAAUCUCCCUCAACACGGAUUCCAUGUUAGAGAGUAA